ACUUGUGCCUCUUGCUUUCUCACCAGCAGUUUUGUGUAAAUAGUUCCAGAAGCCUGGAUACAGCCUGUCGGCAGGGGGUGAGGACACUCCGAGGGGAAAGCACGGGGUGGAAUUUGGGUUCCUUCCAGUCCAGAACCUGAGAGGUCCAUUCACUGCCCCCCAACAAUAGUGUCCUGGGUGGGCGGCCAGUUGGUGGCUAUCUGACGGGAAAGUGGCCGACCACGGGCCUGCAUCCUGACCGCGCACACGAGGCCAUUCAGCCCACCGAGACUCCCCCUGUCAUUUUCCAGGUUACCACCCCCGCCCCCCCGGCCAGUGCCGGUUUCUCCCUAUCGAUUCGUGUUAUUAGCCCGAUGGAGGAGGGGCCUCGUGAUAGUGUCCCUACCUCUGAGUCAGGAGGCCCAAGCUCAAGCCUUGCCUGCUCCAGAGGGGGGGGUGUGUGUCUGCGCAGUGACAUCUCUGCACAAGUUGAUGGAGGCAAAAUAUCAUCCCGUUACCUUUGUUGCUGUUACAGUACCGACCCCCUCCCCCCCCCAGACAUCGAUGAGUAUGAAAUAAAUAGAAAAACCCGUCAAUUUUUGCCUUGAACCUGCUCAAUGACAAGAGCUUUCCCUUCACAAACUCCACCCUCCGCUCGCUCCCAUUCCCCUCACAAUGUACACCCUCCCCCCGCAUACCGGCCCCGGCCGCCCGCCGUCCUGACCGCGGGUACGAGCGCCGCCGUUCUCUCCGGUCCCGCGGGAAGCCCCCUGCCCGGCCUGAAGGGCCCCUGUCGGGCGGCAGUUGGAGUCGGCCAGGGCCCAGGCUGAGGCCGAGGGGGCAGCGGAAGGAAUAGAGAGAGGGAGAUAUCCCGGCCCCUCAGGCUCCCCGCUCUUUCCACGGUGGCUGCAGCCUGUGAGAGCAUUGACCGAGAUACUCCUGGUACAACUGGAGGCCAUUCAGCCCGUCAUACCUGCUGCUCCAGCUCCAAACUCCACCUCCCUCUCUCAGUAACAAAAAUCCAUUAAUCUCAAUCUAUCCUAUGUUUCUAUGUCAGAUUUUAAAUGGGCAAGGCAUCGUUUACAGGGUCCCGACCCGUAACAUCGACUUCCCUGCACCUUUGAUGCUGCCUGGCCCGCUAUGUUCCUCCAGCAUCCGCAUUUAUUGCUAUCUCUGAGGUUACAACUUUACCUGCUGAAGUGUUUGCUAAUUUGACUCCCGAAUGGUCUAAUCUUUAGCUGUGCCCACCCCCCGACUCCAAUAUGUGGAAGUAGUUUCCCUCUGUCUUCAUCUUUGCUUUCUUGAAAACCAUCGUUCAAUAAUUAAAAGGGACCUGAAGGAUAAUGUUUUCACACACAGGGUGGUGCGUGUAUGGAACGAGGAAGUGGUAGGAGCGAGUACAAUUACAACAUUUAAAAGACAUUUGAACAGUGCAUUAGGUAUUCAUGGCUUGUGCAGUUGUCCUCCCGAGCUGUGCAAUGCAGUGCCGCAGAGCUCUGUGUAAACGGUGGCUGCAUCUCUCUGGCAGAAAAUCAAUGGCAUCUUCAGCCCAUCUUCACAUCCCACCCAUGCUCAGCAAGCCACGGCAGAGGAGGAGGCAGUUCCACUGGACCACUGGUUACAGGAGCAGAGAUGUGGAGUUCACACAUGUGCGAUACAAUGUCCAGCGGUUAGGGUUUGCUGCUAUCACAACUGAAGACAUGGCUUUCUUUAAUGAUCUCCUGCCUGGCAGUGUGGUGACUGAUCCCGAUAUUCUGGAAGCGAGCAAUGUAGACUGGCUGCGGACAAUGAGAGGGUGCAGCCAGCUGUUACUGCGACCUCGGAUAACGGAAGAGGUUUCUCAGAUUCUUAGAUACUGUAAUAGUCGGAACCUGGCUGUGAAUCCUCAGGGUGGCAACACUGGAUUAGUGGGAGGGAGUGUGCCAGUGUUCGAUGAGAUAAUUGUUUCAACCGUUCAAAUGGACAACAUCAUCAGUUUCAACAGUAACUCUGGAGUGCUUACCUGUCAGGCUGGCUGCAUUUUGGAAAACUUGAAUAAUUACCUUGAGGAACAAGAUUUUAUCAUGCCCCUUGACCUGGCCUCGAAAGGUAGCUGCCACAUUGGUGGGAACGUGGCAACCAAUGCUGGUGGACUAAGACUGCUGAGAUAUGGCUCCCUGCGUGGGACAGUACUGGGACUGGAAGUGGUACUUGCAGACGGAACCAUAUUAAACUGUCUAACAUCCCUCCGCAAAGACAAUACAGGCUAUGACCUCAAGCAGCUUUUUAUAGGAGCUGAGGGGACACUUGGAAUCAUUACCGCAGUGUCUGUUCUGUGUCCAAGGAAGUCAGCUGCUAUCAAUGUAGCACUACUAGGUUGUGACAGCUUUGAGAAGAUCUUGGAUAUAUUCAAGGAAUCCAAAGGCAUGUUGGGUGAAAUUCUCUCUGCGUUUGAGUUCUUGGAUUACAGUUGCAGAGAGGUUGUUUGCGAGCACCUUAAACUACAAAACCCACUGCAAGAGGCACCAUUUUACAUCUUAAUAGAAACAUCAGGCUCCAAUGAUGAUCAUGAUCAAGAGAAACUCAGUAAUUUCCUGGAGAAAGUCAUGACCUCUGGUCUCGUGACUGAUGGAACCAUGGCUACUGAGGAAAAUAAGAUCAAGGCACUCUGGGCUCUGCGGGAACGCAUCACUGAAGCACUGGUCCGUGAUGGCUUUGUCUACAAAUAUGACAUUUCAUUACCACUGGAGAGAUUCUAUGAGAUUGUCAUUGACAUGAGGAACAGACUGGGGGUGAGGGCCAAACGUGUCGUUGGCUAUGGGCACCUUGGCGAUGGAAACUUACAUUUGAACGUAGUGUCCCCUGCAUUUGACCAGCAGCUGCUGGACUCCAUUGAGCCCUAUCUGUAUGAAUGGAUUGCGCAGCAUUAUGGAAGUAUCAGUGCUGAGCACGGACUUGGCUUCAAGAAGAAGAACUGCAUCUAUUUCAGUAAGCCCAAGGAAGCAGUGGACUUGAUGCAGCAGAUGAAAGCGAUUCUGGAUCCAAAGGGAAUUUUAAAUCCCUAUAAAACCUUGCCAUCCUUCACUCGGUCAACUCACUGACGAGAGCAGAGGUUUUAUUGGGAGACCUGGCUGCAAGUUUUCAAUUUUUACUUUUGCUAACCCGUGCUCAUCCUCAUGGAGACUAUUGUAGCUGAAGAAGAAAAAUAUCUUACAUUAAAGCCAUUAUCAAGCAUUUGAUCAUGCCAGAUCCAAGUUGCACUUCUGUUAGAAAAAAAUUAGAAUAUGGAUCUAUCUAGCACCUUCUGGAUGAACUGAAACACUUCUUAGUCAAUGAAUUUCUUCCGAACUGUUGUCAUACAGAAACAUGGCAACCAGUUUCUGUCCAUCAAGUUCCCACAAAUAUCAGUGUGAUCAUGACCAGAUAAACUAUUUCAGAUUUUGAUUCACGGAUUGAAUAUUGACCAAGGGAAAGCUGUCUUGCUGUUCUUCAGAAUUUACGUUCACUCCAGAGAAUAGAUGGGACUUCAGUAACAGUGCACUCCCUCAACACUGCACUGGCACCAGGUCGCUCAACUGAGACUUGAACCCAUCACCUUGUGAUCCAAUGUAAGAGUGCUGCAGAGUGAGGCAAGGCCAACAAUUAGCUACCAAGCCCACCCCUUUUAAAUACAGCAGCCUCCUGAAGGUGACCAGGCACCACCACCACCUUUUGCCAGUGGGCCCAUGUCUGCUACAACCUGAUUGAGUCUGCACAAGGAUCACACAGAAUUUUCAUAGUCAGAGGACUGGACAACUUCAUCCCAGGAGUCUAAGUGAGAUUCAGAGCAGAGUGCUGUGUUUUUAAGCUCCUCUGCAGACACCUGGGAAGUACCUGAGGGCUGUGCUGACAUUCCCUGCCCACACCUCUGUGAAAUUAUAUUGUGAACAUUCGAGAACAUUGUUAUCAAGCAAGGUAGGAGGAAGGAGGAUUGGACAGGAAUAAAACCUGGUUUUAUGUGGCUUCUGCUUCCUAUGUUAUGUGUGAAUUACCAGAGUUAAAAAGUGAAUAGUGGAAAUCUAAAACCGAAGUUCAGACAAGAGUCCCAACUGAAAUAUUGUAACUCUAGUCUUUCCAGGCUUGUGCUGAUUUUUCAGCAGUUUUUGGUAUUAUGGGUGAUCAUCACUGCUCUUUGUUCUGUGUAACUCUGUGGAUCGUUAAGGGAUCAAGGAUAUCUAAAAGUCAGAUAGAGGAGAUCCACAGUUUUGAGAAGCAUCCUGACAGGGCAAAUAUUGCUGGGGGAAAGUACAGUGACAUUUUUGUCACUGAAGUUGAGCACCCAUUUUACAGUCUGCUGCAUUCCAUAAAAAAGGACGGACAACUUUUGGAGCUGUGCUACACUGUCCUUAUCUCAGGCCUGGCAGGUACAAGUAGUCAGUGAGCAUUUCCACCCAUGUGCUUAUCUCUGGACCCCAGGAUUGACUCCUUGACAGGGCCAGGGUCACAGCUUUGUAACAGUUCGGGCUUCUUCCCUUGGUUCGUCUCCUGGGACCUCUGGUGGCCUGGACUCUCCUGCCCUCCUCCAUCCCAAGCACCAUAAUUGUGGCAGUGCUCCCUGUUCAGCCUUGCCCUUGUUACUGGUAGCCUUCUUCUGAUCCCAGCAUUCUUGCUUAUCAAUCAACUGCUGCUUUUUACAGGAAAUGGCUAAUCACCCUGCAGGAUAAAAAUUGCUCGGGCUGUUACUCAUAUGUGCAGGGUUAUCAUCAGCUUGCUCCAGGAGUUAAAAUCAAUGCUCGUAAGUCAGUUGGUCAGUAUACUGGGUUUGAAAGAGGUUGAGGCAGUGGUGAGAGAGCAAUAACCUCUGCAUGUCAGCAGGUCAGAUUGUGGAAUACAUGCACCUCUCUAGGUUAAAUACAAGUCCCUCAAGUGGUCUGUUGUAGGCAUGGAUGUUAAUUUUGCAACAAUACACAGAUUGAUUAUAUCAAUUGACUUUAAUCAUAUUUCAUGUUCUGAAUGUUUUGCUUGUUGUGCAAUAAAGUAUCUUCCCAAAAUUAACAAUGCAA